AUGUCGCGCAGUCGGCGCUGGAGAACGAAAAACACUGCCAGUCGACAGGAAGCACGAGCCGCUUCUGCAGCAGCGAAGAUGGAGAACAAGCCGGAUUAUAGUAACUGGACCCAUGAGAGUCUGGUAGAACGUGUUACGCAGCUGGAAAAGGAGCUCAAGGAUAAGAAUCAGAGCCUCUCACCAGCCAUUCCCGAGAAAAAGUCGUGGAAGAAGCCCCAUACAGCGCGAGACUUCGACCCCGCGAAAUACAACACCCGUCUGGUGGCGUUCAAGCUUGCAUACCUGGGCAAAAGGUACAACGGCUUCGAAUACCACGCUGGGAAUCCGACCCCACUUCCGACGAUCGAGGAGGAGUUGUGGAAAGCACUGAAUAAAGCACGGUUGAUUUUCCCGGCAGGUUCGCAUCCAUUGCAGCCAGGGGAGGUCAACUGGGAGGGAACGGAUUACAGUAAAUGUGGGAGGACAGACAAGGGAGUAAGCGCUUUCGGGCAGGUUAUUGGAAUCCGUGUCCGGAGUAAUCGACCUCUGGGGAAAAACAAGAAAAAGCAAGAUGUAGACGAAGCGGUUGAGAGUCCUGGAAAUGUGGCAGAUGACUAUUAUAAUCUGUUCCCAAAAGAAGAUGGGGAGCAAGAUGCCUUCAACACAUUGCCAAGGCCAGGUGGGCUCGAAUUGGCUGCUCCCCCUUUAGGUCUGUCCGAGGGAAAUGUCGAGGACAUUGGCACGGAGGAACUCAAUAUUGAUGACCCGGAGUACCAAGAUAGUCUCAACUUCGAUCCUGUCAAAGACGAGAUCCAGUAUUGCCAGCUUUUGAACCGCCUCCUGCCACCGGAUAUUCGAAUUCUGGCCUGGUGUCCCUCGCCACCUAUUGAUUUCUCUGCCCGGUUCUCAUGUCGAGAACGAAGGUACAAAUACUUCUUCACACAGCCAGCUUUCUCCCCAGCACCUCAUCAUCUCGAAGUGGAGGUACCAGGGAGAUCUCCGGGACAGGUCAAGGAUGGAUGGCUAGAUAUCCAGGCUAUGCGAGAAGCUGCUAAAGCCUUUGAGGGAGUACAUGAUUUCCGGAAUUUCUGCAAAGUGGAUGGGGGGAAGCAGAUUUCCAAUUUUGAGAGGACAAUAUUUUAUUCUAAUAUUGAGGAAGUGGAGGAUUACACUAGUGCAUUGGCUUAUCUCAAUGGCACUGAUUUCCUACCUGCAGGAUCUACAAGCUCAAAUAACCCCAAGGUCUAUACAUUCACGCUUCAUGGAUCAGCAUUCUUGUGGCACCAAGUUCGGCAUAUGGUCGCUAUCUUGUUCCUUGUUGGGCAGGGCCUCGAGAAACCAUCUAUUGUAUCGGAACUUCUGGAUGUGGAGAAGAACCCACGAAGACCAACAUACGAGAUGGCAACAGACACACCACUGGUCCUCUGGGAUUGCAUCUUCCCCCGCGAAGAUGACCCAGAAAGGAAAGAUGCAAUGCAGUGGCUUUAUAUUGGCGACGGACCACAACGCGGAGAUACCAAAUAUGGGACUCCAGGACUUAUGGACGACUUAUGGAAGCUCUGGCGCGAAAGAAAAAUUGAUGAGAUGCUUGCAGGAACAUUGAUGGGCGCUGUAGCGAGCCAGGGAAGCAAAGUAUCAGAUUUAGAGCGUUCAGAUGGUAGCAGAGCAAGCAAGAGCCAGAAGGUUUUUAGCGGGGAUGAUGCGCCGCGUUUGCAAGGUACAUAUACACCUGUGAUGAAGAAGCCCUUGAUGGACUCUGUGGAGGUUAUCAAUGAGAAGUAUGCGGUUAGGAAGGGGUUUGAGAGUUCUGAAGACAUGAAAGAGCAGGGGUUUAGGAGGGUGAAUAAGUUAGACGCGGAUCAAUCAUGA